AUGUCAGCACUGACCAAUGGCACCCAUGAACCGCUCCAGAAUGGCAGACCUUCGGACGGCAUAUACACAGCGUCUUCAGUGGCCGAAAUACGAGCGUCACUCGACGAGCUGGCCCAGCGUGAGAGCAAGGUGACCGCACGUCUGGACAAUUUACUGGCUAGUCAGAAGGAUCUCAACCUUGCCACGCGGAACAUUAGCCAUGGCAUGCUCUCUUCGGCUUCCCGCACCGCCACUCGAAUAUCCUCCGCUGUUAGGAACCUGGACCGCGAGCAGGCCGCCGUGAAGUCCACCCUCGAGGUCGUGGAGCAAGUUGCUGAGCUGAAGGCAUGCGUGCUUGGCGUCAGUGGCUCUAUGGGUGCCCCUCAGGACUGGGAGACUGCGGCCAACUACCUCCAGCGUGCACGACAAAUCCCGGAUGCUGUGAUUGAUGGUGCUUUUGCAGAGGAGAUUGUUCCUACAUCUGAAGUACCCGAUCCACCGCGGCAAACUCUCGAUGCGGCCAGUGAGAGUCUCUGCGGGUUGUUCCUGCGAGAGUUUGAGAAAGCAGCUCAAGAAGGCGACGGAGCACGAGUGACCCGCUUCUUCAAGCUCUUCCCACUACUUGGCCGUAGCGAGGUUGGUCUUGACGCCUACGGUCGCUAUGUCUGCGGUGGUGUAUCAAGCAGAGCGCGCACGAACAUGAACAAUUCUGCUCGACAAGGGCAGGGAGGCAUGUUCUACGCCAAUGCUCUGACAAAGCUCUUCGAGCACAUCGCUCAGAUAGUGGAUGGCCACGAGCCUUUAGUUGAACGACACUACGGUGCUGGCAGUAUGACUAGAGUUAUCGAGCGGAUCCAAGCGGAGGCGGACGUGCAAGGCGGCAUCAUCCUGGACACGUGGGCUGAAGAGGGACGGGUGGCUCGAAAGCUGACGGAUGUGAAGAGCUACCCCUUCAACUUUCUCGUUCAAAGCUUCUUGCCAUCGUCAAAACCGUCAGCCCUGGGAAACACGCCUCGCUCAGGGUCUCCGGCGCCUGGUGGCCGACGAAGUGAAGACGAUGCCGUGGACAUGAAGGAAGUCGAUGCACUACUCAACGAAAGCGCCGUCAUGCUCGGUCGAUGGACGCUCUACAACCGCUUUAUAGCGUCUAAAACCGCGCCCUCGGAGACUGGAAGCGACGAAUCACUUCACAUACCAGCUUUCAUCAUGAACAGCAAUCUCAACAGACGGAUUACCUCUAAUCUCAUAGAUCCUUUCAACGUCAUGUCGACCUUCUUCUUCCGCCGCAGCGUCGAAAAGUCCUUUCAGCUUGAUGAGUCGCCCUCCAAUCUUACGUUGAAUCCGGGAAAGGCGCUACCUGCGUCGGCGCAACCACCAUUCAUCACCAGCGCGGUCGAUGAUGUGAUGUACAUUGUCAACCAAGUGCUGCAGCGGACCUUGGGUACUGGCCAGAAGACUGUGGUUGGCAGCGUCAUCCCCAGCAUCGGCAGAGUGCUAGGCAGCGACUUCUUCGGCAUGGUUCAAAGGCGAAUGCGGGACGAGUGCUACCCGAAAGCUGCGAUUCAGGGCGCUUUACCACCGGAGAACGUUAUCAUCGCUUUCUUGGUGCUGAUGAACAGCCUGGAUGUAGCGACGGACUACCUCAAGCGCAUCAUCCGCUCUUCGGUCGGGGUCUCUGGUACGGAGGCAGCAGCAGAUGCUCUAGCGGACAAGUUUCCAUUCGGCCACGAAGCUUCCUUUGUUGCUAAGGCAUUGAGGAACGUGGAAUCUGGCUUCGAGGCCAAGACUGGGGAGCUCAUCGGCGAAGCUGUCGAGGUCAUGCUCAAGCAAGUCAUGCGGCCUCGCCUUCGGCCAGUUAUGAUCGAGACCUUCCGCGAUGCCGACUACCUUGCGUCGUCGGAGGAGGACGCACAAGGCCAGGAAGAACAGGAUUCUCCCGACGCCGACAUCGUGCCAAAGCGCUUCGACCGAGGCUGGAGCGCCUUCACACUCCCAAUCAAACGCAUCCUCAGCCCGGCCAACUACGACAAACUGCUCAGUUCCACGGUAUCAUAUCUAGCACGAACGCUGGAGAAGAGGAUAUGGGGCUUCUACGGCCGUGUCAACGCUCUCGGCGCCGUGCGGCUAGAGCGGGAUUUGGCGGGCAUUGUCGCUGCGGCGGUGAAGGGAGGGAGGUAUGAGUUGAGGGACUUGUUCGCCCGGUGUACGCAGAUCGUGCUGGUGGUCAACAUGGAGGAGGACGAGUGGGAGGAGAUCAGUCGGUUGGAUGGGAGGGAGCUGGAGCGGGUUACUGGGGUUGUUUGGAAGCUGGAUGAUGGGGAGAGGAAGCGGGCGAGAGGGCUGCUGCAGUAG